AGCCAUAUAUUACAAAUUCAACAAAUUUGAAUCUUUUUGUCAAAUGAAGCCCAUGUAAAAUUAAAAAUAAUGUGGGUCGGCCCAAACAAGAAAUAAAACAAGUCAGUGUACAAGAAAAAGUCAAUCUUGCUGUUAAUAAGGGAGAGACAGUUAACAAUGGCCACAAAAGAAGCAACCAACCAAAUCAUGCAAGAAUCCGGCAAUGGACAAGUUUGCUGGAGAUGAUCCGGAAAGAGCUCACGAUGCAGCAAUUUUCGUGCUUAUAUUAAGAGCAGCAGCUCGAAUGGAAGAUUCAGGCCUGGGAAUCGAUCGGCAGGCACCACAUUAUUGUCUGGUGCCGCCUGAGAUUGGUAAAGAGGUACCAGACGACGUCGUCUCUGCAACCAAUACCGCCACCUGCAAUACUCGUACACCAUACCUAAACACCGUGCUGCACCUGCACAUCAAGAAUUAUCAUCAAUGGCGGAAACCGCCAGUUCCUCGAGGACUAGUAAUUUCUUGCUUGGCGCCGCGGCGUUUAUGUUGCUGGUGGCGCAUACUUACGGCAGAGCGACGGCGGGGAUGCCAGUUAAGGUCACCUACGACCGCCGCUCCAUCAUCGUCAAUGGAUCCAGGGAGCUCUUGUUUUCUGGCUCUGUGCAUUACACCAGGAGCACCCCAGAUAUGUGGCCGGAUAUCAUAAACAAGGCGAAGGAAGGGGGCCUGAAUCUGAUCCAGACGUAUGUUUUCUGGAAUAUUCAUGAGCCUGUUCAAGGCCAGUUCAACUUUUCGGGUAAUUAUGACCUGGUGAAGUUCAUAAGAUUGAUUGGGGAUAGUGGCCUGUGGGUGACCCUCAGAAUUGGACCCUACAUUGAAGCUGAAUGGAAUAUGGGAGGGUUUCCCUACUGGCUGAGAGAAGUGAAUGGCAUCGUAUUCCGUUCUGAUAACGAGCCUUUUAAGUAUCACAUGAAACGGUACGCAGAAAUGAUCGUCAACUUGAUGACGAAGGAGAAGCUUUGGGCAGACCAAGGAGGCCCCAUUAUCUUGGCUCAGAUCGAGAACGAGUACAACAAUGUGCAAGUUUCAUAUAGGGAAAAGGGUAAGAGGUACAUAAAGUGGGCAGCAGAAAUGGCUGUGGAGCUCUACAAUGGCGUGCCCUGGAUCAUGUGCAAGCAGAAGAAUGCCCCUCCCUCAGUCAUAAGCACUUGCAAUGGAAGGCAGUGCGGGGAUACCUUCCCUGGUCCGAAUGGCCCCGACAAGCCCACACUCUGGACUGAGAACUGGACAGCACAGUACAGAGUGUUUGGCGAUUCACCCUCUCAACGUGCCGCUGAAGACAUCGCCUUUUCUGUCGCCAGGUUCUUUGCCAGAAACGGAACCCUCAACAAUUAUUACAUGUACCAUGGUGGAACCAACUUUGGGAGAACAAGCUCGUCGUUCGUGACCACCCGUUAUUACGACGAGGCCCCACUUGACGAAUAUGGUUUGAAGAGGGAACCUAAAUUUGGUCAUCUGAGGGAUUUGCACAAGGCUUUGAGAUUAUGCAAGAAGCCGUUGCUUUGGGGCGACUUCAAAGUGCAAAAACCCACCCCAGACUUGGAGAUCAUAACAUAUGAAAGUGACAAGUACAAAGUGUGCUGCGCAUUCUUGAGCAACAACAAGACGAGGGAAGGUGCAACCAUUGAUUUUAGGGGCGUGGGUUACUACUUGCCCCCUAAGUCCAUCAGCAUCCUCCCUGACUGCCACACUGUUGUUUACAACACCCAAACUGUUGUGGCUCAGCAUACUUCUCGAAACUUGGUUGUCUCAGAGAGAGCAAAGAUGGGCAAAUGGGAAAUGUUGAGAGAGAGCAUCCCUACCAUGGCUGACUUGGAACUCAAAAGCCAGGCACCCAUGGAGCUAUACACCCUCACAAAAGACACUUCCGAUUAUGCUUGGUACAGCACCAGCAUGGAGUUGGAUGAUCUGGACUUGCCAAUGCGGGCGGACAUCUUCCCAGUCCUUCGGGUUGCCACUCUCGGCCAUGCUUUGCUUGCUUUCGUCAAUGAACAAUUUGUUGGUUUCGGGCACGGUAGCAAUAUUGAGAAGAGUCAUGUGCUGAGGAAUCCCAUUAGCAGUUUGAAGCGUGGCCUCAACAAUAUCACGCUCUUGGCCAUGACCGUUGGCUUCCCGAAUAGCGGUGCGUAUAUGGAGAAGAGAUUUGCAGGGCCACGACUUGUAACAAUCGAAGGUUUGAUGUCUGGAACUCUUGACAUUACGCAAAACACCUGGACUCAACAGGUCGGGAUGAAAGGUGAGAGGUUGCAAGUGUUCACAGAACAAGGUUCAAAGAAAGUGGAAUGGCUUCCAUUAAUGAACAACAGUACUACUGCCACCCCCAGACCUGUUACCUGGUACAAGACAUACUUCGAUGCCCCAGAAGGCAACGAUCCAGUGGCCAUAAGAAUGAGCAGCAUGGGCAAAGGCAUGGUUUGGGUCAAUGGCAACAGCAUUGGCCGCUAUUGGGUUUCUUACCUCUCUGCUCUCCAAGCCCCCACUCAACAAAUUUAUCACAUCCCGAGAGCGUACCUGAAGCCAACGAGCAAUCUCCUCGUAGUGUUCGAGGACAGCGGCAACGGCAACGACGGCGAUCCGGAGAAGAUUGAAAUCGUGACGGUGAAUCGCGACACAAUCUGCAGUGUGAUUUCCGAAUUCAAGUCUGGGGACAUCGCCAAUCCAGUUAAGGCUGCGCAGCUGGCCUGCCCGGACAACAAGGUCAUCGGCAAAGUCGAGUUCGUCGGAUUCGGGGAGAUCGAAGGCGCCUGCGGCCAAUUCCGACAUGGAAACUGCACCAGUUCCUCCUCCAAUGCGCGCCAAGUUGUUGAACAGGAGUGCUUGGGGAAGAAGAGUUGCAGAAUCCCAAUGGAGAGGGAACGUUUUGUCGACAAAGCCGACGGGUGUCCUCAGAUAGCGAAGACAUUGGCAAUUCAAGUGGCAUGUGCCCCUCCUGUUAAUUAAUUAUUUUAUUUAUUUAAUUAAUUAUAUGUUAUGAUGUGAAUCAAUUGAUUCACCUAAUUAAUAAAAGGGUACGGGGAUGUUGUACU